UGUUUAUAAAGAGGAUGGGAAGUGAUAAAAUGAUCCUUUGCACGCUUACGAAAUGCAAAAAGUCAAUUAAACUUCAAACGAAACUGGAAGUAGUUUACUCCAACAGGAGGACAUUUUCCGUCCUUUCACUUCCUGUUUUAUUUUUGGCUACACCAAACACUGUGCAGAAGAGCUCUCUCCUUAGCUUUGCAAGAAUGGAAUCUGGAGCUUUCGAAGAAGACUUAACUUGUUCUGUGUGUCUCCACGUGUACCAGGAUCCCGUCAUAUUGCCCUGUCAGCACAGCUUCUGCUUGCAGUGUAUCAACAGCGCUUGGAAACAUGUAACCAACCGGGGUGGAGUUAGCUGUCCUGAAUGCCGCAGAACAUUCAAACCUAGGCCUCAACUGCAGAAAAACUUCACUCUGCGUAAUAUCGUGGAGAAAUACAACCAGUCCCAGGUUACAGCUGCUGAAUCUAUCCCUGUUAUGUGUGAGUACUGCAUUGAGAAUCCAUCCCCAGCGGUGAAGACCUGCCUCAAAUGCGAGACCUCAUUUUGUUCCCUUCAUUUAAAGCCACAUUUGACAAAGAAAACCUACCAGGAUCAUAUCCUGAUCGAGCCUCUAGUUGACCUCACGAAGAAACAGUGUAUGGAUCAUAAGAAGAUUCUUGAGUUUUACUGCGAGCAGGAUCAACAGUGUGUGUGCAUAUCUUGUACAGUGAUAGGUCAACACAAAUCUCAUAAUCUGCUGAGCCUAGAUCAGGCAGAAGCCUCAGUCAAGGACAAAUUGAAGAAAGAAUGUCAGGACCUUCAUGGGAUUCAGAAAAAUGUUUCAAUUGAUCAAGAAGACUUGAAGAAAGCAGAAAGUGAAAUAAAGACACGCUCCAAUGAGCUGAAAGAAAAGCUAUUGAAUAAGUUCACUGAAUGGAGAAAGCAACUGGAAGAAGAUGAGAAGUAUGCCCUUAAACUGAUUAAUGAUGAGGAGAAUCGAGUGCUAUCUGAAAUUGGGAGCAAGUCAAAAUCACUGGAACAAAAGAUGGAACAGAUUAAAUUAAUAGAUACCGAAACAGAGAAGCAGAUGAAAAUGGAUUGCCUUUCCUUUCUUCAGGAAUCUAAACAGCUCUUUACCAGAAUUUCACAGAUCCAAGGUGACAUGGGAGCAGUGGAUGACGACAAAGUACCACUUCGACAGAAAACGUCCAGCAAUUUUGGACUUCCUACAUUGCAACACCAACGCCGGGGCCAACGCAAUCUCAGUCGCCAAUAUCAGUACUGUGGCAGUGUUCCUGUUAACUCUUAUGGGAUACAAAGCAUGUCGAAGAAUGCUCAAUACCAGCAAGCCUCAAGACCUGCUGACCCUCAGACCUUCACUCUGGAGCUAUCCAAUGCCUAUCAAUCUAUUUUGCAGAGGAUGAACCAACAUAAGAUGUAUGAAAGAGCCGUGCUGGAAAUUAUAAGUAAUGCCAUCAAUGGAACCUUCAAUGACGAAGUGCUAUUCUACAGUUGUUGGAAUUAAACUGUUUGGUCUGUUAUGACGGUGAAGCAUAGAACCAAACUUUCAGCUGCAGAAGAGUCAUCCAGAGGAAGCCACAAGGGUCUGGUUGUCAAGCAUCAAGCACAAUUACUUUUAAGAUAAAUAUUAUUUUCUUUAUUGCGAAGGAUAUGCUUCUGCCAUUUAUCAUUAAUUAUUUUAGAAGAAAGGUUUGAUAGAAUCAUAAUCACAUUGCCUUUCAAAAUUCACAAGUCAAUUCCCUAUGUAUACAUUAUUUUAAGAUCGGAAUAGAGAUUUCUGACUAAACUCUCCAUAUGCUGCAUUACCAGAUGCCAGGCAUUUUCUGGACCUUCUGGAAAAAGCAAUCACAUUUCUACUUGUCUUUGCAGCUGAACAUAGGAAAAUAUCUGAAUAUAAAUUCAAGACUAUUUUGCUAAUCACUUCCUUCUGGAAUGCUGACAUUCUAUUGUAGCUUCCUCCUGUUUCUCAAACUUUGUAUUACUUCUUAAACUAGUCCUGUUUCCUGGUCUCACCUAGCAUUUGAUCACUGUGGGGAUUGAAAACCUCCAUAAAAACCAAAAGAACUGCGGAUGCUGUAAAUCAGGAAUGAAAACAAAGUUGCUGGCAAAGCUCAGCAGGUCUGGCAGCAUCUGUGGAGGAGAAAACAGAGUUAAUGUAAAACCCCCAUGGUAUCCGUCUUACUUUUGGCUUUGGGAACCUCGAACUGAUAUCCUAUCUGCUGCUGUAGCAUAUUUUCUCUAUCCUAUCUCAAGUGUCUUGUGCAUCAUAUUAAGAUGGUCCAAAGACAUCCAUUCAUUCCAAGCGGAACUCCAUCAACAAACACGUUGAUUUGGAGCCCAUCUACCACCCUCUGAGAAAAAGAACAGGAAAUGACAUCACCAACACAGGAAAUGACAUCAACAUAGAAAAUGACAUCACCAACCCAAGGAAACCUAAACACAUAAAUAGAAAGUGGGACAUAACACCAGCGCUUCACUGGAGGCUCACUGAUGUUACCUAGAAUAGUGACGAAACGUCUGAAAACAAACCUUCCAGCUCAACGAGCAAACUUACAUCCAGAACCUCAACCUGAGCUACAAAUCUUCUCAAACCUCGCUAACAUCCAUCUUUUGUUAAAGAUGGUUUCUGGAGUAAUUCCUCAAAGUUCAGCAUUCUAAUACUGAUAUCAACCUUGUUGGUCUCUACUAAGCCCUGCCUAACCUCUGGGUUCACCUGCUAUAAUUACUCAAUAGGACUGCAGGUUACUUAACAGCAUCACGUCAACUCUAAGACAGACCCUGCUUUUUAUUCUAUUUAGCCCAGCCUUAUGAAUGUGAAGAUGAUGGAUCAAGCAAUUCCCCACCUUUUAUUUUGGCAGGCUUAUCCCACUCUGUUCUAUAUCAGUCAUUCCCAUUUAAUAGUAAUAGGUUUCCUGGUGAGUUGAUCAAAAUAGAUCUCACAUCCAUGUUUUUAUAACAAGUUACCCAUGAUACUUCAAUUUUGUUUUAAAUUGGGAGUAACACUUGAGGGAUCAAAGCCUCAAUCAUGGCCUAGUCUCCAGGUUGAACUGUAAAUUAACACAAGCAUGUUCACAGAGAUCAGAAGAAUUGCCAACAUUACCUUAAUCUUACAGAGGCCUCUCACUGUUGAUGGCCUCAACAGAGUGCGCACAGAUCCUUUGUUUAUAAGGCCACCCUAAAAUCCACAGAUAAACUUGGGCCACGGUCAAUAUUUCAGUUCGACACCAUCUCUCAAGGUAAAUACAUAAAGCAUAGCCUUCGUCCUCCAUUUUCCAGCAUGCGAGGUGGAUGAAAAGCACUGCCACUAGUUUCAAGCUCCUUUUGCUUGAAUAUAUUUGUUUCUUUGGGUUUCAUAUUCUCAAAUAGCAAAGAUGAUUCUCGAUAGGAGUGAGAGAGACAGGGUAGUUGUCAUGGCGGACUUCAACUUUCCAAAUAUUGACUGGGAGCACUAUAGUUUGAGUACUAUAGAUGGGUUAGUUUUUGUCCAGUGUGUACAGGAGGGCUUCCUGACUCAGUAUGUAGAUAGGCCAACAAGGGGCAAAACCACAUUAGAUUUGGUACUGGGUAAUGAGCCCGGCCAGGUGUUAGAUUUGGAAGUAGGUGAGCACUUUGGUGAUAGCAAUCACAAUUCUGUUAUGUUUACUUUAGUGAUGGAAAGGGAUAGGUGUAUGCCACUGGGCAAGAGUUAUAGCUGGGGGAAAGGCAAUUAUGAUGAGAUUAGGCAAGAUUUAGGGAGCAUAGGAUGGGGAAGGAAACUGCAGGGGAUGGGCACAUUAGAAAUGUGGAGCCUAUUCAAGGAAAAGCUCCUGGAUAAAUAUGUACCUGUCAGGCAGGGAGGAAGCUGUAGAGCGCGGGAGCCGUGGUUUACGAAGGAAGUGGAAUCUCUGGUCAAGAGGAAGAAGAAGGCUUAUGUUAGGAUGAGAUGUGAAGGCUCAGUUAGGGCCCUUGAGGGCUACGAGGUAGCCAGGAAAGACCUAAAGAGAGAGCUCAGAAGAGCUAGGAGGAGACAUGAGAUGUUGUUGGCGGAUAGGAUCAGGGUAAACCCUAAGGCUUUCUAUUGGUAUUUAAGGAAUAAAAGAAUGACAAAAGUAAGAAUAGGGCCAAUCAAGGCUAGUAGUGGGAAGUUGUGUGUGGAGUCAGAGGAGAUAGGGGAAGCACUAAAUGAAUAUUUUUCAACAGUAUUCACUCUAGAAAACGACAAUGUUGUCGAGGAGAAUACUGAGAUACAGGCUACUCGAUGAGGUGGGAUUGAGGUUCACAAGGAAGAGGUAUUAGAAAUCCUACAGAGGGUGAAGCUAGAUAAGUCCCCUGGGCCAGAUGGGAUUUAUCCUUGGAUCCUCUGGGAAGCCAGGGAGGAGAUUGCCGAGCCUUUGGCAUUGAUCUUUAACUCGUCACUGUCUACAAGAAUAGUGCCAGACGGCUGGAGGAUAGCAAAUGUGGUUCCCCUGUUCAAGAAGGGGAGUAGAGACAACUCUGGUAAUUAUAGACCAGUGAGCCUUACCUCAGUUGUUGGUAAAGUGUUGGAAAAGGUUAUAAGGGAUAGGAUUUAUAAUCAUCUAGAAAAGAAUAAAUUGAUUAGGGAUAGUCAGCACGGUUUUGUGAAGUAUAGGUCGUGCCUCACAAACCUUAUUGAGUUCUUUGAGAAGGUGACCAGACAGGUAGAUUAGAGUAAACUGGUUGAUGUGGUGAAUAUGGAUUUCAGCAAGGCGUUCGAUAAGGUUCCCCACAAUAGGCUAUUGUACAAAAUGAGGAGGAAUGGGAUUGUGGGAGAUACAGCAGUUUGGAUUGGAAAUUGGCUUGCUGGAAGAAGACAGAGGGUGGUAGUUAAUGGGAAAUGUUCAUCCUGGAGACCAGUUACUAGUGGUGUACCGCAAAAGUCGGUGUUGGGUCCACUGCUGCUUGUCAUUUUUAUAAAUGACCUGGAUGAGGGCGUAGAAGGAUGGGUUAGUACAUUUGCAGACGACACUAAGGUCGGUGGAGUUGUGGAUAGUGAGGAAGGAUGCUGUAGGUUGCAGAGAGACAUAGAUAAGCUGCACAGCUGGGCUGAGAGGUGGCAAAUGAAGUUUAAUGCGGAGAAGUGUGAGAUGAUGCACUUUGGUCGGAGUAACUGGAAGGCAAAGUACAGGGCUAAUGGUAAGAUUCUUGGCAGUGUAGAUGAGCAAAGAGAUCUCGGUGUCCAUCUACACAGAUCCUUGAAAGUUGCCACCCAGGUUGACAGGGCUGUUAAGAAGGCAUACAGUGUUUUAGCUUUUAUUAAUAGAGGGAUCAAGUUCUGGAACCAAGAGGUUAUGGUGAAGCUGUACAAAACUCUGGUGCGGCCGCACUUGGAGUGUUGUGUGCAGUUCUGGUUACCGCAUUAUAAGAAGGAUGUGGAAGCUUUGGAAAGGGUGCAGAGGAGAUUUACUAGGAUGUUGCCUGAUAUGGAGGGAAGGUCUUACGAGGAAAGGCUGAGGGACUUGAGGCUGUUUUCAUUAGAGAGAAGAAGGCUGAGAGGUGACUUAAUUGAGACAUAUAAAAUAAUCGGAGGGUUAGAUGUGGAUAGGGAGAGCCUUUUUCCUAGGAUGUGACGGCGAGCACGAGGGGGCAUAGCUUUAAAUUGAGGGGUGAAAGGUAUAGGAUAGAUGUCAGAGGUAGUUUCUUUACUCAGAGAGUAGUAAGGGAAUGGAAUGCUUUGCCUGCAACGGUAGUAGAUUUGCCAACUUUAGGUACAUUUUAAGUCGUCACUGGACAAGCAUAUGGAUGUACAUGGAAUAGUGUAGGUUAGAUGGGCUUGAGAUCGGUAUGACAGGACGGCACAACAUCGAGGGCCGAAGGGCCUGUACUGUGCUGUAAUGUUCUAUUAAAUAAAUCAAGCUGACAAUUUUCAUGGUGAAUGUUCUGUCUAGAACAAAUAAGGUAAUUGAAGGAUGAUAUGGGUUAUAACAUAGGUUUGAUGAUUGUAUUGGAGUAACAAAUGUCCAAAUGAUUUGAUUUGAUAGAAAUUGCCUAAGUGUUUGAGUUUCUGCAACAGAAGACCAUGUCUAUAUUUGAAAUAAAGCUUGAAAAAGGCAUAUUGAAA